CACCACCCCCUGCAGCUCCUACAACCCUCCUAUUGCCCUCCUAUUGCCCUCCUCACAAUGAGGCUGCAUGAGUUUAAGCUCAUACGCCCAUUGACGACCAGACAACGUCCUUGUCCGCGACGUAGAAUCACCUUUCAACGACGACAUGCUUCCUCCAAAACAGGGCCAAAGUCGGCCGACGACCCAGAAUUUGUCUCAAUAGUGGAUGGUCCUGUGAGAUUAAUAUCUACCAAGAAGAAGGAUACAAAGCUUGGAAUUAUGCUACUCAGCAUCAUACCACUGACUGCCUUUGCUCUCGGGUCAUGGCAGGUUCAGCGACUGGAUUGGAAAACCCGACUCAUCGCCAAAUUUGAGGAUAGACUGGUCCGGGAUCCACUUCCCUUACCGCCGAGGAUAGACCCCGACGUCGUCAGUGAAUUCGAUUACCGGAGGGUUUAUGCAACUGGCAAAUUCUUACAUGACAAGGAGAUGCUCAUCGGACCACGGACACAGGACGGACAGGAUGGAUUCUUGGUAAUCACGCCUCUAGAACGAGAAGGCAUGAGUACAAUUCUCGUCAAUCGUGGUUGGAUCACCAAGGACAAACAGUAUCAGCAGGAUCGAGACCCCUCUGCCUUACCUCGUGGGGAGGUUACCGUCUCUGGGCUUUUGAGAGAGCCCUGGAAAAAGAACCUCUUUACCCCAGACAACAAGCCAGCGGUGGGCAAGUUCUUUUUUCCUGACGUCCAUCAGAUGGCGGAGAUCACUGGUGCAGAACCUGUCUGGAUCGAAGAGACGAUGCAACCAAGUUUACUUGUCUCUUACGACCGAGAAGCCAAAGGUAUACCCAUUGGAAGACCGGCAGAGGUCAACCUACGGAAUAAUCACGUGCAAUACAUUUUCACCUGGUAUUCACUAUCUGCAGCCACCGCCCUGAUGAUGUGGAUGGUGUUGCGAAGAAAGCCAUCAGAUGUCACCAGACGUGUUCGAGAAACCUCCAAAUGGUGAUUUUGUCCACUGACGAUGGACUGUAUAAUAUUACAAGGUCUCGGGCAACUCCAAGUCAGCCACAACCUCUUUUGGGAGAAGCUCUUUGGCCGCUUGACCAAGUUCACCUGAUCCACCGAGUACUCUUUGCCGUCUCAUCAACAUGAGCAUGUCGCUUGCGUCCACCCGCCUCUUCCGUCUGCCAUGGUCCGAGUAUGCCUCCAGGUCUUGGCCCACCUGCUCAAAGAACCAGUCGGUGGCUUGUUCGAGCGCCUUGACGUGGUCACGACCAAGCUUUGGUCUGCGAUUGCCUAAACGAUCUUGCGCUUGAAUGGCAACUCUUUUGAUCAAACUUGCCGGAAGUGAAGGGAUCACUUGACCGUUCUGUGUCAUUUUGACCUUGCGGCGCCGAGGUACUGAGGCCUUUGUGGAUGACACUGUCGGCUUCGCAACAAUUGCCUCGUCUGGUUCCUGGUGUAGCUCAGAUCUUGUCGAUUCGUCUGCGACACUCGCCGGGAUAUCUUGGGGCGCAGGUGGAGAACUCGGUCGAGGCUCUGGCAAGACAUUUCCUGCUUUGAGAUUGGCAGAGGUCAUUUCAUCCACAGGAUUCUCCAACUGGAAACUCUCAUCCAUCGGUGGAAUGUUGACAGUACUGUCGUCAUGUAACAACAGUGUGGGCGACUGAGCAAGAUGUCGCAAAUCUUCCGUCUCAUCUGGAAAAAGCAUGGGCUCAUCAUUCUGAUCCCCAUGGUUAUAACCCUCCAACUCGACUUGUGGCUUUUCUUUGAGGUGCUGCUCCAAGUCCGAAUCCCGACGAAAUUCCAACUCAGAUCCAAAAUCACUCAUCCUAAUACUGCCAAAACUGUAGCGUGAUAGUCGUCCCGUUGGUUCUUCACUGAUCGCUCUCCUUCCCAUCUCACUCAAGAUGGUUGGAUCCUCGGCAUUAUCAACGUCGUCAUCCAUGUCACCACCAGGACUCGACGGAGGAAACGAGGGUCUUGAUGAUUUCCGGCGGGCGACGAUGCUGUCGGAAUGCGGACCACCAAAGUCGAUAGAUUUGAAGGUCAGCGUGGGUGCAUCAGGAUCGUCAUCUGGCAAGAUUGAAGGCGUUGGAACAACCAAAAUCUCACUGUCCUCGUCCUCGUCCUCUUCUCCUCUCCACAAGGGUAACAAGCCCGAUGUAUUAUCAUCUUCAUCCAAACUAUCUUCCACAUCGAGCGUCAACCUCGGUCUCUUAGACAAAACUCCAUCUUCCUGGUCGGGC